AUGGAUCAAACAAAAUCAAUCCCAAAAUUUUAUGACGGAAGGAGUGUUUUAAUAACAGGCGCUACUGGAUUUAUGGGAAAAGUUCUUGUUGAAAAAUUAUUAAGAUCUUGCCCAGAUGUCCGUGAAAUAUUUGUUUUAAUGAGACCUAAGAAGGGACUAUCAAUUGACAACCGAGUCCGCCAAUUAUUGACUCUGCCGCUUUUUGACAGAUUGAAAAAAGAAAAUCCUUCUGUGCUGGACAAAGUUAUUCCAAUUGAAGGCGAUACUAUCAAAGAAGGCUUAGGAAUUCCCGAUUUUGAACGCAAAGUUCUGAUCGAAAGGGUGUCUGUUGUCUUUCAUGUCGCCGCUAGUGUUAGGUUUGAUGAUCCGCUGAAAACUGCUGUUUUCACGAAUACCAGAUCUACUAGAGACAUGUGUAUUCUGGCAGCGCAAAUGAAGAAACUUGUUAUUUUCAUGCACGUCAGUACAACUUACAAUCAAGCUGACAAACCGGUGGUCGAAGAAAAGCUGUACCCUUGUGAGGUCGAUUGGAAGAAGACUAUCAAAAUAGUGGAGACUAUAAAUGAAGAGCUGCUCAAAACUUUUACACCUAAAUAUCUGGGGAGCUUUCCCAAUACGUAUACUUUUACAAAGCGAAUGGCCGAGCAGGUAGUUAGUGAUUACUCGCACGUGAUUCCAGCUGUCGUUUUUCGACCUUCAAUCGUGAUUGCGACGAUGGAUGAACCAAUGCCGGGCUGGGUCGAUAACUUCAAUGGUCCAACAGGACUGAUGGUUGGAGGGGGCAAAGGAGUUUUGAGGACUGUUUACGGUGAUCCUCAAUUGAGAGCUGAUUUCAUUCCAGUAGAUGUUGCUAUUAAAGCUAUGAUAAUUGCCAGUUGGAAACGAGGAAUUAGAACCAUAACAAAGGAUCCAUCAGUCCACGUGUACAACUGUUCUUCAGCAGAUAUGAAAAAUGUAUCAGUUGAAGAAAUAAAACGCAUGGCUUUGAUUUGUGCGUCGAAGAAUCCACUUGAAGGAAUAAUUUGGGCGCCAUCUAUUACCUACACUACUAAUAAUUUAUACUACUUUGCAUCUGUAUUAUUGUUUCAUCUUCUGCCAGGGCUAGUUCUUGACUUUAUUCUCUAUUUAAGUGGACACAAGCCAAUGCUGGUUAAAUUACAAAGACGAGUUUACAUUGCUAACACCGCUCUGUCGUAUUUUUUGACUCACGAAUGGGAAUUCAAAAAUGCUAAUUUAUUUGGAUUAUUAUCAGAAGUCUCAGAAGCCGAUUCUAAAAAUUUCCUAUUCGACUUUGCUUCUAUCGACGUGUCAUAUUACUUUGAAAAUUGUUUGAUUGGUGCAAAAAAAUAUCUUCUCAAUGAAAAGCCUACCGACUCUUCAGUUGCAAAGAGACACUUAACCAGAAUGAUAUGGAUUGACAAGAUAUUCAAAGGAUUGCUGCUCUUAUUUUUCAUCUGGAUACUUUAUGCAUUUGAUUUUUAUUCUUAUGUUAUGAACUCUGUUUUUAUUUAA